AUGGUUAACUCCGAUCUUAAAGAAGUCGCCGCUGCUGCUACUUCUGCUGAGGACCCGCAGCAAAUGAGCGCUCCUGCUGCAGCUGCCGGCUGCGUAGCAGCAGCUGGAGCAGCAGCAGGAACAGCCACUAGAAAGCCCAUGACAGCAGCAGCUGCAGCGGUAGCUGCAGCAGCAUCUAGCAAGAGGGCAACAGCUAGAGCAGCAGCAGCAGCAGCAGCAGCAGCAGAGGCAGCUAGCCGAAGCAAUGCCAUUAGCGGCAGCAGCAGCAGCAGCAGCAGGCCUUCCUAUAGUUUUUACUUCCUGACUGGCUGCCGCAGCCAGCUGCUACUACACCGUAGCACAAACAUCAGUAGCAGCAGCAGCAGCGUCGGCGGCAGCAAGUACUUCCGUUGUCUCUUUAGCACUGCAACGGAGAGUGAGCAGGAGCCCCAACAGCAGCAGGCGCAGCAGUCGCAGCAGCGGGAAGCAGCAGCAGAAGCAACACCUGCUGCUGCCAGCGGCUUGGCGACGGAUUCUUUGCCGACUUUGACGCCACUGCCCGACCAGCAGCAGCAACAGCAACAGCAGCAGCAGCAGCAAGAGCCGUAUAUAUAUGACGCAGAAGAGGAGGUGUUAACUGAUGAGCAGCGGCAAGAGAAAGAAAAUUUAAUUAAAAUAUUGACAAAGAAGUUAGCAGGACCUCUAGCUGAUGAGAACGGGAACGUUCCCACUGGAGCAGCUCGUCCUGUGGCUAUAGAGGUGGAUGGUCCUUCGCAUUUUUAUAGCGGGACAGAAAUUUAUACAGCUUAUACAAAAUUAAAACACCGAUUAUUAACAAGAAUGGGGUUUAAGGUUCUUCAUGUUCCUUAUUUUGAAUGGAGAAGACUUAGAGGGCAGAAGGAGAGAGAAGAUUACAUGAAGAGAAAGCUGCAAGAAGAACCAACAGAAUGGCUAGACCCUCAAGAUGAGGCCUUCUAUAACCAAAGGAUGGGGCUGCUGCAGCAGCAAUACCAACAAGAACUAGAACGAAAUAAUCCGCAGCAGCAACAGCAGCAGGAUGGGACCCCGACUCCGCCUAUCCAGCAGCAACCCUCGUCUCCACAGCAGCAACAGGAGCAGCAGCCAUGGCAGCAGCAGCAGCCGUGGCAGCAAAACCAGCAGCAACCAACGCAGUGGCAGCAACAGCAAUCACCACAACAGCAGCAGCAACAGUGGCAGCAGCAGCAGCAGCCGCAGCAGUGGCAGCAACAGCAGCAGCCACCACAAUGGCAGCAGCAGCCACCACCACAGUGGCAGCAACAACAGCAACCGUCACGGUUGCAGCAGCAACCACCGCCACAAUGGCAGCAACAACAGCCACCCCAGUGGCAGCAGCAGCAACAGCCACAGUGGCGGCAGCAGCAGCAGCCACAGUGGCAGCAGCAGCAGCCACAGUGGCAGCAGCAGCCACCAG